UCGUCUAUAAAUUAAUCAUUUUGAACAUCAUUUUUUGGUUACUUUAAUUAUUUUAAGUAAUAGAAAGUGAAAAUCAUACUCAUAAAUUUGGAUGGUUUUGAAGAAGGGUUUUCCUGGUAAAGACGAGAAUGGUAAUCCACAGUUUCGUGCAAAUCAACGAAACCAACGGCUUAAAUUGUCAAAGUGUGUGUGCAAAGAAAAGUUAUGGUUUCAAGCAUAUUCUGUCCAAUUGGAGAAUUUAAUCCGAAAAGCGGUCCGAGAGGAGGUACAACAGGUAAUACAACACUCUUUGCCUUCCAUCUCAAGGUCAUUACCAAGUCAGGCUAAGCCAAGUGAACCAAGAAAGUUCAAGUUACAAUUUGAAGGAACCUUACCCACUAAGUUGUUUACUGUGAACAAGUUAGACUCUGAAGGAUCUUCUGCUAUCAAAUUGUUCUUACUCGAUGCGAUUACAGGGCAUCGAGUAACAACUGGCCCUCUAUCGUCAAUAAAAGUGAAACUUUUUGUUCUUCAUGGCCAUUUUAAGGCCGAGGAAUUGGAGGAUUGGACAAAACAUGACUUUGAAAAAAACGUUGUGUUUGAGAGAGAUGGUAAAAGGCCAUUGUUGGUUGGGAGAGAUGUGGUUAUCACAUUGCACAAUGGGAUUGGUUGUAUUGGUGAUGUUUGCUUUACAGAUAACUCGAGCUGGGAACGAAGCAAGAUGUUUCGACUGGGAGCUAUGGCUGAAGCCAAUGGAUCCCAUGUUAGGGAAGCGGUAAGUAAUCCUUUUAAGGUGAAAGAUCGCCGUGGAGAGAAUUACCAGAAGCGUAAGAUUCCAUCUCCAGAAGAUGAUGUUUGGCGUUUGCGCUGGAUAGCAAAAGAUGGCAAGAUCUGCAAAAGAUUGGCAGAACAUCAAAUUUACAAAGUCAAGGACUUUGUAACACAAUAUUACCUUGACGAGUCUUUGCUCCGCCAAAUUCUGAAUGUUGCGCCAAAAAAAUGGGAUGCAAUCGUUCAAUGUGCUACCUCAUGCUUAUCCGGGAAUUCUAGCUCAAAUCUAAAUGACUUGGCAUCACCCAAUAUUCCAGGCUUCGACAGCCAGCAGUUUUUCGUCCCUCCGGUUUAUCAUGAUCAACCAGAGAUUCAAAUGUUGGAUUCUAAUACCGAGGGACAUAACUAUCAGCUUGAUGGAUCGAUGGCUAUGAACAGUCCCUUUCUGAUGGAUUUACUAGCAGGGUCAUGUAGUGAGCAUGCCAACUUUUCUCUGCAUGAUUUUACGCAUCCAUCUUUACCCACUAUGCUCGGGUUUGAAACAUCAAGUUGGAUUCCUGUUGCUGAACCGAAGGGGGAACAAAACAACGGUUUUUUUUAUAGGAUCAAGCUAUAAUUCAAAUAUGGGAAUGCUGUCGUCCAUGCCUAGUAUGAACGAUAACAAUUCAGAGAUUGCAAAGCCUAAAGACGUUUGGGGUAUGGUUCGAGCUGUUUUGAGGAUAUUAGUUAAGCAUGAUGAUGCCGCUUUCAGGAAAGGAAAGUUCUCCUGUUAUAGUCCGUUGGCAGUGUAUCUCCCACGGCCAAUAGGAAUUGAAAGAUGGGAAGCUUUAAAAGGAUUUCCCCUUUGAUGUUUUUCUUGUUUAUAGUUUUUGUAUGGUUUGAUACAUCUUGAUGUGCACUUUUUGUAUUAUAGAAUAAAAAACUAAGAUAAGCCUAAGCUUCUGGAUGUAAUAAGGCUUUGUUUGCUGCUACAGCAAGUAAACUACUCUUGUAUGAGACCGCCUCUCAUUGAGACGCUCAAAUAAGGAGUAUGUGUUUUCAUAAUAUGUAUGAGAUGGGCUAUUUAACCCAUGUAUGAGGCUCAUCUCUCAGUGAGAGCGUCUCAUACAACAAUUUGUGAUUUGGAUUUUGUUAAUGAAUGUAACACACGUUUGCUUAUGUGCUAUUAUGU